AUGAACCACGCCGAAGAUUCCAAAGAGGCGGCUCCACACGUGGUGAAAGAAGAGCUCUUGGCAUCAGGGAGAUGGGUCAAGCUGGAGAAGACAACCUAUGUCGAUCCUGCUGGAAACACCAGAAUCUGGGAGACGGUGAGGAGGACAACCAGGCAAACCAACACAGAUGCUGAUGGUGUUGGCAUCAUCGCCCUGCUAAAGAGGACGCUGCACAAAGACUGCGUGGUGAUGGUCAAGCAGUUUCGUCCUCCCACUGGACACUUCACCCUGGAGUUUCCAGCAGGUUUAAUCGACGAGGGCGAGAGUGCUGAAACGGCCGCGCUGAGGGAGCUGAAAGAGGAAACCGGCUACAAAGGCGAAGUGGUCGGAGUGACGCCAGUGACUUGUUUGGACCCUGGCCUGUCCAACUGCACCACCCAGAUUGUCACGGUCAAUAUUAAUGGAGAUGAAAUGGAGAAUAUCAACCCGACACAGCAGCUUGGUGAUGGAGAAUUCGUGGAAGUCAUCCUUUUACCACUUGAUGAAUUCCAGACAAAAAUAGAUGAGCUAUUGAAAAAAGAAGAAAUCAUAGUGGAUGCCAAGGUUUACAUUUUCGCCAUGGGGAUGGCACAGGCCUUUUUCAAGCCAAGGGAGCUUCCUGUGCUCAAGCAGUGA